AUGAAGGCUAUAUUUGACCUCGUGUUCGCCAUUGGAGCUCAGAUACGAGGAAUUGGCAAUGACUCGAAUAUUACCACUUCUUACUUUUUGCGCGCUCGCGCUGCAGCAUUUAAAGGCAUGUUGAUGUCCCAAACUCUAGAUACGGUGCGGGUAUUUACCCUCCUUGCAUUCUAUACACUUGGUGCCUGCAACAGAAAUGCUGCCUCGAUGUUUUUGGGUAUUGCAGCUAAGGCUGCCGUCAUUUUGAACCUCAAUGGCACCGGAAAUGACGAUAAGCUCUCAGAAGAGGAAGUUUGCGCCAGGUUUACCCGCUAG